AAUCUGGUUCUGCAAUAAUAUUCAUAUCUUCCCCAAAAACCACCUUUCAGUGCCAUCUCCCGAAUACGUCGUCGUUUUCGUCAUCUUCUUCUUCAGGCGACCCAAUCCUCUGCGGCUUCCAAUGGAUCCCAUCAUCCCAAUUGCGGCCCUUUCGCUCAUUCUCGGUGCUUUCAUCGUACUCCUCUUCUUCGCCAAUUACUUCCGCAACCGAAGAUCCGAUGUUCAAUCCAUUGCCAAACUGGAGCUCCCCUCCGAUCCCAAACCCCGAUCGUCGAAGUCUCACCAAACUAUCUCCAAAAAGUCACACUCAAAAGCUCACUCUCACGCUUCUGACAAGGACCAAAACAAGCGGCAUCAUCCGUUGGAUGUGAAUACUUUGAAAGGUCAUGGAGAUGCAGUGACAGGGUUAUGCUUUUCAUCCGAUGGACGAAGUCUCGCUACAGUUUGUGCAGAUGGGGUGAUCAGAGUUUUUAAGAUGGAUGAUGCUUCAAGCAAAAGUUUCAAAUUCCUGAGAAUAAACUUGCCCGCUGGGGGUCAUCCUGUGGCCGUUGAAUUCUGUGAUGAUGCGUCAUCUGUGGUUGUGGCUUCUCAAACUAUGACCGGUUGUUCCUUAUACAUGUAUGGUGAAGAAAAAACCAAAUCUUCUGAUGGAACUAAGGAGCAAACUAAGCCUCCUCUCCCAGAAAUGAAGUGGGAGCGUCACAAAAUCCAUGACAAAAAUGGUGUCCUCACUUUAUCUGGAACUGCCGCUACAUAUGGAUCUGCUGAUGGGAGUACAAUAAUUGCUUCUUGUUCAGAAGGUACCGACAUUAUACUGUGGCAUGGUAAAUCUGGCAAGAUGGUGGGUAAUGUUGAUACAAACCAACUAAAGAACACCAUGGCAGCUAUAUCACCAAAUGGGCGGUUCGUUGCAGCAGCAGCUUUUACAGCUGAUGUGAAGGUUUGGGAGAUUGUAUAUGCGAAGGAUGGUUCAGUGAAGGAGGUUUCAAGAGUAAUGCAGCUUAAAGGGCACAAGAGUGCCGUGACUUGGUUGUGCUUUUCUCCAAACUCUGAGCAAAUGAUCACGGCAUCAAAAGAUAACUCAAUUAGAAUUUGGAAUAUUAAUGUUCGGUAUCAUAUGGAUGAGGAUCCAAAAACACUCAAGGUGUUUCCAAUUCCACUUCAUGAUUCAAACGGAGCUACUUUGCACUAUGACCGCCUUAGUGUAUCUCCUGAUGGAAGGUUAUUAGCAGCAACCCAUGGCUCAACAUUGCAGUGGUUAUGUGUUGAAACUGGCAAAGUUUUAGACACUGCUGAGAAGGCCCAUGAUGGUGACAUAACUUGCAUUUCAUGGGCACCCAAGAACAUUCCAAUGGGUGAUGGGGAAGCCUCGCUUUUAGCCACAGCGAGUGUUGAUAAGAAGGUGAAGCUGUGGGCAGCUCCACCGCUGUCUUCAUCAUAAAGCAAUCUGACCGGUUAGUGGAAAUAGAAGCUUUGACGUGAAGAGCUGCUGAUCUUGACAUUGUUGUCCAUCAUCUUUAAAGAUGAAGUUCUCACCUUUGUUCCUUGUAGGUUAGAGAGCUUUGACAAAAUCAUGAGAACUUCUAUACAUACACCAUCAUCGAAGGUAGAAACUUGAACGCGUUACUCUAGGAUUGGAGUGAGUACAACUUUGUUUCACUUGGGUAGCCCCAUUUGUUACUGGGAUUUUGGUGACUAGUAAUUUAUAGAGUUGAGAGUGAUCGAUUUCCUGCUUCAGCGUGGGACGUAGGUGCUCUGUUGAUGCAAAAUCUUUCAGUAUCAGUUUUUGAGGGAACAUUGGGAUGACUUCCAUUCCAUGCUUAAUUAUAUUACUUAUUUAUUUUGGUUAUUUAUUCA